CGAAUCCGAGUCCAGGAACCGAGAAUUGCUGAAGUCAGCUCAAUCACUUUCUUGAUUUCCAAUUCUAAACUUAAAAACAGGAGAAAUAAGGAAACCUUUAGGUGUACAGGGUUUUAGAUUUACAGAGCAAACCUAAAUUAUCUUAUAUUUUAUUAUAUCUUUGAUAUUGUUUAAUCUGACUUGAGCAAAACAUCUGUGGAAUCGACUAAGGAUCAAUUCUUCCUUUCCAGUGUUCAGUGAAUCGACUUAGAAUAUCGACUCUUUUUUGGGGUCCACCUCCAGCUGGAACCACAGUGAGGAUACUGCUGGGAUGUUUGGAUUAUGGCGUUAACCCGUGUCUCUACUAAAGCGCUGAAUCAAGCACUAUAAACUCUUAUAAUGUAGCUGUUCAGUUCCUGCUGUGUGUCCUGACUGACCAAGUCUCAGUGGAUUAUUAAAUAACAGGGAUUUGAGAAGAAUGGAAGCGUGUAAAGUGUUAUUCAUGAAGAUGAUGAGGAUGCACACACUACUGCUCCUGCUGAUGAGCUCCUGUCUCACACCCAGCCUUGUCCACUCUGAACUUUCUGUUCCCCAGAUGGUGUCUGUACAGAAGGACCUGGAGUCUCAGACACUCACUCUGUCAUGGCAGAGCGACGCCUCGUACUUUGACGUGGAGAUUUAUCACAAUGAGCUCAUGGAGCUCGUCCUCAACGAGAGUAUUUAUUUGGAAGAAGACUCUAAGAAGCAGAGCCAUGAUUGGUCUUGGCGCUCGGCUGUGCCUCUGGAGUGCACCUCCCGCUCUGUACGUAUCAGAGCACGACGCAUGGACACAGUGAGCCAGUGGAGCCCCCUGCUGACCAUCCCUGGUAUGGACGUGCCGGACCAGCCUCAGGCUCAGAUGUACCCUCAGGACCGGGUUUUGGAGGUUGGCAGGAAUGUGACAGUGUGCUGCAUCAUUCCGGAGGGCGUGGCCUUUAGCAGUUUGGGAUACGGGAAGCAAAACUUAGAGGUGAUCCGACUGAGCCGCAGAAGCUACAGUGCCAUCAUCACUGACCUGCACAAGUCCUCCUACACUGGCACCAACGUCGUCUGUCUCUCUGACAAAGCCAUCCUCACCGGCACUGUGCUCUUCAUCGGCUACCCCCCAGGUGAUGAAGGCCUGCAGUGUGAGACACGGGAUCUGCAAUCAGCUGAGUGUCGCUGGAGCAAAGGACGAGACACAGGCUUACAGAAACGUGAUUUACUCACCAAAUACACACUGAACAACAGGACUUGUACUGAAGACAGAAAGGACAGAAAACAGUGUCGUUCUGACCACUGGGAGAGCAGCUGGACUCUGGUGGCCAAGAAUCCUCUGGGAACGGUCCAGCUUUCUGAUACCGCCCACCUCAAGCAGCGCGUUCGUCUGCUGGCUCCAGUGAAUGUAAAAUCAGAGGCUAAGGCAUGGAAGGCUCGUGUUGGGUGGAGCUGGACAGUGGAGGACUAUAAAAGACUUUCCAUGCUGUGUGAGGUGCAGCUGGACAGUGGAGGACAAGCCCAAACUCAUAACUACACUGGAGUGGGACUCUCCUCCGUAGUGUUGGACAGGCUGAGGCCGGACACUGAGUACUCGUUCUCUAUCCGCUGUGCAUCUCUGCAGAAUUUCUGGCGCUGGGGAGACUGGAGUGCCCCCUACAGCCUACAUACGCACAUGGACCGACCUAAAGCUCCAGACAUGUGGGUGUGGAGAACCAGCGAAGUUACUGGACAAGUCCUGUGGAAGUCUCUCUCACCAAGGGACAGUCAUGGUGCUCUGACAGCAUAUGAAAUAUCUCGGAGGGAAGGAGAGGAAGACGGCUGGACAACUAUAUCUCUCCCUCCGAGUGUGUCCAGAGCUCCCAUCAGUCUUAGCAACAGCACUGACAUCAUGGUUGCCGUGGCAGCACGAAACCCGGUUGGACUUUCUCAGAUCAGCACAGUCAUCGUCCCAAAAUACACUGCAGACUCUGAGUUUUCUGUAUCUGAGCUGGUGGCUAAUGGAGGAGGUUUAACCGUUUCCUGGAACCACAAUCAUAACUCCACACAAGGCUACGUGGUGGAGUGGCUGCCCACCUGCUGCCCCGCCUCCACUGCCUGCUCUGUCCAAUGGGAGAGAGUUUCCCCCUCCAACACCAGCAUCAUCAUCCAAUCAGGAUCUUUGGACCCUGGAGUGCAGUACACCAUCUCCAUUUUCAGUUUGCUUCCUGAAGCUUCUGUCCUGUUACAGAGGCAUUAUGGAUAUGGACAGGAACAGGUUUCUUCUGUGUCUGUGGGAUUGCUGUCUGCUCUUCAGUCAGGCUCAGACAUUGUUCUUUCCUGGACUCCUGUUCCUGUGUGUGACCAAAAAGGCUUUAUACUUGGACACACUGUUUACCUGGCAGAUGCCUCCAACCUCAGCCUCAUAGCCAAUCUGAGCAAUCCUGCAUUGAGCUCUUACACAGUAAAGAAUCUGCCACUGGGCUCUUACAAGUUCAUGGUGAGGUCGUACACUUCAGCUGGCGAGGGAAUGGAGUCCACCGUCGCCAUCAAAACCGAGUCUGACACUAAUCUGAUGUUGGUGGAGAUCCUGGUGGCGUUGGGAGCCAUGUCCUUCUGCCUCAUCAUCAUCACCGUUUUCUGCUACAAGAAGAGAGAAUGGGUGAAGAACGCAUUCUAUCCUGAGAUUCCUGGCCCCAAACUCACUGGAGACUGGUCAGCUCCACCGGGUCCUCUGGACCUGAAGCCCCCCCCACACAGUCUGGUGCACAUUGUGGAGAGUCCAGACAAGGAGGGGCUUUUCACGGCUCCAGGUGGACAAGAAGAAGGACGUGGUGAUGACGAGAAUGAUAACCAGAACGUUGAAAUGGACACCGACUCGGACGAACCUGCCCUGCUGCGCUACUACAACCAGCUGGUCAGCGACACCUCUGAUUGUUCCUCCAGCUCCACAGAUUCAGCGCAGACACAGGUGACAUACACUGGAAUCCAAAGCCCCGCCUACCGCCCCCAGAAUCAGUCUGAGGAUCCCCAGGAGGUGGAGCCCCAGGAGGAGAGUCCCAGUGUGGGCUACAAGCCGCAGUGCUCAUGGAGGCCCGAUUCGCCAGAAAAUGAAAACUUCUCGCUGGGAAGCCCGACCUCGGUGACCUCAUCACAGUUCCUCAUCCCGGAAUCUUCAGAGGAUCAUCCAGAGUCUUCGGGAAGCUGGUUCCAAAACCUUCUCUCCGGAAAAUUCUGAUUAGCAUUUAGCUUUACCAGUCAGACAUCACUGCUUCUCAUUAUGGAUGUAUGGACAGAAUUCUCUCAUCCUUUUAAAUUUGUGUUGUUUCUAUCAAUAAUGUUUAGCAUUACUGACAUUUAGCAUUACUGACGUAAAACAUUACUGACAUUUAGUGUUCUUGUUCAGCGGAAGCUGCUGAAAUAGGGAGCACAGAGAGACAAAGUCUGCCUUAUACAGAAUGCAGUGUAAAGCUGCCAUUUCCCCAAUGAUGAAGAGAUUUCUGAAGAUUACUUGUGACUUUAAUUGUUUAGUUUCAGUUUGUUGGAAUGAACAAACUUCUGGACUGCAGAAGCUAGUGAUAAAAAAUUUUAGCUAUACAGAAGCAGUUCUGCAGAAAUAUUUGCAAUGUUCCUGUCACUCAGCUGGCCAACAUUAUCAGCUCAUGGCCACCAGUUUAGCAUCAGGCUGAAUUGUUUAUCUAGUUGGAACUCUUCGUCCUGUAGAAGGCGAUGUGCUGAACCACCUGCUGUCAGUUCUGUUGUUUAACAGUUGGACCCAUCAGACUUUAUGAAGUCCUUCAAUGUUUAAUGGACAGGUCACAUUAGCUCCAGUAUAAGCUCACUGAUUUGAUGGCAUUAUUUGGAAAAUGAACAGUAACCUGGUGGUGCAGCUUCAGAGAAAUCAGUUCACAGGACACUUGAUUGAUUGUCUGUGUAACACUACGAUGCAUUUUUUUUAUAUUUUUACUAAGUGCUUUGACUUUAUUGCCUUAAAGUAUUCACAGCUUAUUAGCUUUCGCUCUGCCGUUACACGAAAACAGAACCAGGCAAUGUUUGUUUACACUUCAUACGUUUCUCUCUUCCUGAAGUGCUUUAAGGUCUUAAAGAAGUUAAAAUAAUCCUAAGUAUUGCAGAUGUUUUAGCUUAGCAAAAUCUGACGUUCUCAUCUAACUGGAUGUGAUAAACUGAGACGUGCUGUUUAUUUAGCGCUGGAGUUACCAGGCUAAUGUCGCUAAUUCUCAGAAGUCACCCCGAAUUCUUUGCCAGAACCUCACUAUACCCUCCAUCAUAACUCUUUCACCACCACCUCAGAUUUUGCCUCUAUAGAUUGACACCCUAACUUUAACCCUAUCCCUAUACCUCAUCUCCAAGCAUACACCUUCUACAGCCUGUCCUAUAGGAUGCACCUUCUAGACUUGCCCCUUGUCUUUAGCCCAAAGCCUCACCCCAGUCCUCUCCUGUAGACCACAUUCUUUUAGGUUCACUUCCAAAAGCCAGAUUGUUGAAGUGUUUUUUUUUUUUUAAAUAAUGCAUAUUAAUACUAAAGAAUAUGAAUAAUAAUUACAGAGUUUAAUGAUGACCUUAUUAGCAACAUUAGCUGCUUAGUGAUGUUAGGCUCAUAGUUGCAGUGGAAAUGAAUGAGUCACUUCUUAUCUGAUUGAUUUUCUUUGUGCUGAAGGUCAUGAUAUUAAGUGCGUGUGUGUGUGUGUGUGUGUGUGUGUGUGUGCAUGCUGUAUUAGCAGGGUUAGGGCUCACCUCUGAGCAGCUGAGAAACCCUAUAAGCACAAACCCUUCAUCUCAUUUACCAGUGCCAGUCUGAGCGUCUCUGUCCACAACUCGACAACGGAUAAUCUCUCACACUGUACCUGGUGUGUGUCUCCUGAACAGGAGGUGUCUAGCAUUUUAUAGCAGAGAUGAAGUUUGUCUCAUUCAGAAGGCAGCUUGAUGGCAGGCGUUAUGGGACUUAUUCAUUACUUUUAUUAGAUUUAAUUUCAGAAAGGGCUGAAGAGGAACUGGAUCAGUGGUUACAUUAGCUAGCUAACAUGUUAACCACAUCCUCUCCAAGUCAUUUGUUUGAACUAAUUUGAGUCUGAGCUAAAAAAAACAAAAACAUGUAGCUAUAGCAUCAUCUUACUGUCAUAAAGCAUCGUCAUAUGACUGUAAUUGUCGCUGUUAUUGCGUUCGAAUUUAUCAGCUCACACUGUGUGUGUUUGUGCGUGAGAGAGAGAAUGUAGUUCCUGAAGCUUUAAAUACUACUGUGAGAUUUGACAAGGGCCAUGGAUUUAUUAAGGUCGCUAAUCUUUUGAAAUAAUUAAUGAAGCAGCAUCUGGACUUGAUUCAUUUUGUGCAGUUUAAUGUGUCAGUUUUUACAGAUGUUGAUGUGAAGCUCGUUCAAUGUUUAAAUUACUGCCUAUUGUUUUUUUUUUUUACUUAAUUUGAAUUUUAAUGAAGUUUUUUUUUCUCUGAAAUGUAUAUAAUUUGACACUAUGCUCCAGUCCCUUUUUAACACUUUCCAUUAUUCACUUCUGCUUGAUUGAGUGCCCUUGCUUGUAAAGACUUUUUCACUUUAUUGAAAUAUGGGAAAUGAGCAUUAGAUAACAAUGGAGUGGACAUCACUGUGGACUUCAAAAGCAUGUUUAAUUUCCCAGGAUGCACUGCUGUGUUUCAGCUGACAGACUUUCAAACUGUAAAGUUAAAGUAGAUGAUGUUUGUUUGCAUUUCCUCCAUCUGUAUACAGCAGCUGAGAGAACUGUGCUGAUGGAUCUGAGUGCACUUCAGAGGUGUUUUGGUUCACUGUGCAUUUGGGUCGUUUGGAAGAAGUGGACUAGAGCACAGGAGUAACUGAAUUGUGGAAGCUGUUGUGAUACAUUCGCUCAUUUACAGGCUGGGUGUUACACUUCAUUAUUAUUUUUUAUUUUCAAGUUUAAGCUGACAAAAAAUGUAAAUAUGAUUUGUUUAAUGUGUGUUAAUUUCAUAUAUUGGCCAGGAAAGUCACAACACAUAUGUCACUGUUACCAUAGCUAGUGUUCUUGGGUGGAGGUUCCCAAGGCAGCAUGAGAGCAGCUUCCUGUCUUCCAGCAAUCUAAUUUUGGGCAGAUCUAAUUACAGGCAGCAAUCUACUGGAAAUCUAGUUCACUACAUAGGGGCAGAAUGCCUUGCAGGAUACAGUUGGAACUUUAGUGCACUACAUAGGGAGUAGGAUGUAGGGAGCUGUGUGGGCUUCAUUGUGUAAUGACGCUAAUAAUAUCAGCGAUUAUAUUAAAUCUAACAGAUCUAAUACAACACUAACACUGUCGUGUGUCUGUGUGUGAGCUCUAUAUACUCUGAAACAAUACCUUACAGUAUGUACAGUCGAUAAUAAAGAGUUCAAUUGUA